UUCCAUAUGAAGACGCAAUGUUUUGAAGUAUAUUUGGACCAGCAGGGUGUGUUUGCCUGCUCGUGAGCUUCAGCAGUUGGAAGUUUGUGCCAGAGUGCAAACUCUGCCCAGUUCACCCACAACUCUGUGUGAAAUGUGACACAACCCCGGCUCUCCUUUACGGCAGGCUUUUUCUGUCCGUGUGCACGGCAGCGCGUGUGUGUGUGUGUGAGCAUGUGCGUGAGCUCGGGGCGGGUGUGGGUGUUGGACCAGGCCUUCACUUUUACCAGGGCACUGGCAGCUGCCGUCCACUGGCACGUCAGCAGGACGUAGAGCGCAGCAGCGGAGCGUGGUGUCUAUCCUCCCGUCCAGGACUUGUUGCCCCACCAUGGCAGACCAGUACGAGUACAACACCAACGAGGAGAAGAUUGUGAAGGACAGCCACACCAAGGAGAUCGAUCUCAUUAACCGGGACCCCAAGCAGAUCAAUGAGGACGUGGUGAAGGUGGAGUUUGAGGACGUCAUUGCCGAGCCCGAUGGGACACACAGCCUGGACGGUGUCUGGAAACUCAGCUACACCACCUUUACCGUCUCCAAGUACUGGUGCUACCGCAUCCUGUCGGCCAUCUUCGGCAUCCCUGUGGCCCUGCUGUGGGGCUUCCUGUUCGCCUGCAUCUCCUUCUGCCACAUCUGGGCCGUGGUUCCCUGCAUCAAGAGCUGCCUCAUCGAGUCCCAGUGCAUCAGCCGCAUCUACUCCCUCAUCAUCCAGACCUUCUGCGACCCCUUCUUCGAAGCCCUGGGCAAGAUCUUCAGCAGUGUGCGGGUGGCGCUUCGGAAAGAGGUCUAAGAGCCGGCGCUGUGGUGGAUCAUGGAAAGACCAGUGGCAUCUUUGCAGUCACCUGAAGUCGAUCCUGGCAUCUCACUUACUCCUCCCGACACUUCAACUUACAGCCCGCUACUCCCCACCCGCCUUCUUUGGAGCCCUGACGUGGCCUGAGUGCCUUUCUCCAGCAGAAGCCCUGCGACAGCUGCACUAUAGGCAGCUCAGCCACUCCCUCGGCUCCUCUGCCAGAGCGAAGGGGCCACACCGCGAAGAGGAACUGUCUUUCCCACCACAGCUGCCGUGUGGACAAUGAUGCCUGGUGAUUCUCACACAUUCAACACUGCUGUCUACGUCACAAACGAUCUGGCACAUCUGUCAACUGCAACGUGGAGAUUUUUUAUGCUUUCAGUCAAUAGCACCUUUGUUAGGA